AUGGCAGGUGGACUAAAUAGUGCUAGUAAACUACAGUUAUGUGCAUGCCCACAAUUUUUUCAAGCUCUCAGUGCUAAUUUUAAACAAUUAUUCUCACCAAAAUUAUGGAAAAAUUCUAAUUUCAUAUUUUAUGUGAUGGCAAACGGUAUCACUGGUGCUGGCGUUGUCAUACCGUGGACAUUCAUUUAUGAUUAUGUUUUAUCCACUUUAACCUACUUGAAUCAAGAACAGCAAAUCGGAUCUGUAAGCAAUGAUGAUAUUUCAUGGUUACUAUCUUUAAUCGGAUUCGGUUUGUUAUUUGGCCAACUGUUUUUCGGUCUGAUAACAUCUCAGUUUGGUGAUGUUAAAACCUUGUGCAUAAAUUGUAGUAAGAAUAUUGGUAUUGAUGAUUGUUGUUGUUACAAACCGACCUCUUGUCAAAUUACGAGCAUCAAAAAACUGAUCAUUGACAUUGUAGGCAUUGAACUUUGGUCUGCUGGGCUUGGAUUAUUUCUAGCCUUCAAUGGUGCUAUGAAUUUGUGCGGAACUAAUAUUGGUGGUCGAAUCAAUGAUAUCAGAGGUUCAUAUCAAAUGGCCUUCUUGAUUGCCGCAAUUCUUCCAUUAAUUUCUUUUCUCUUAAUGGUGGCAAAAGAGUUGUUCCCAUGGUUACGACAUCGCUCCACCUUAUCUGUAAUUACCAAUAUACAAGUGAGAUAA